UACCUUUAAUCAUCACAUUCCCCCAAUCCCUAAUUAUCUCUCCAAGACAUAUAAUAACACCUUCAACGCUUUUUCCUCAAUCACACACUCUAUCUAAUCAUGCCACAUUUUCUUUCUCACCCAAUUUCCCGUUCUCAAAUCCUCCCCUUCUCUUAAAUUUGAAAACACAUCCACUAUUGUUCCCCUCUUUACUCUUCUCACGCCAUAACAUGAACAAGGUUUAUCUUUGUCCCAUUUUCAUAAACUUUGCACUGCCAUUGCUCUUGGCCUUGUCCUUCCUCAUUGUCACAGAGAGUGCACCCGAGAAUGAUACACAUGCCCUCACCCAAUUCCGCCUCCAAACCGACGCUCACGGCUACCUUCUCCCCAACUGGAUCGGCGGCGACGCUUGCUCCGCCGCAUGGCGCGGCGUGGAAUGCUCCCCAAACGGCAGAGUAGUGGGCCUCUCCCUCCCUUCUCUCAAUCUCCGAGGUCCAAUUGAUUCUCUAUCACCACUCUCUUACCUACGCUUCCUCGACCUCCACGAAAACCGCUUAAAUGGCACCGUUUCACCUCUCUCCAACUGCACCAGCCUCGAACUCCUCUACCUCUCCGGCAACGACUUCUCCGGCGAGAUUCCGCCGGAGAUAUCCUCCCUCAGGCUUCUUCUCCGUCUCGACAUCUCCGACAACAACAUACGAGGCCCAAUCCCCAAACAACUCUCAAAGCUAACUCAUCUUCUCACUCUUCGGUUACAAAACAACGUGCUUUCUGGUCAAGUCCCAGAUUUUUCUUCUUCACCACUCAACCUCAGCGAACUCAACAUGACCAACAACGAACUUCGCGGUCACUUACCCGACGCCAUGUUGAAGAAAUUCGGCAACGCAAGCUUCUCCGGCAAUGAUGGCCUAUGUGGGUCCACCCCAUUACCCAGAUGUUCACCCACUGAACCUAUUUCUCCUUCUUCUGAAACUACAGAAACCGUUCCUUCAAACCCGAGCUCGUUGCCACAAACAAGUGGUAUCAUUGCAACAACUCCUCCUAGAAACAAAGGGUUGAGUGCUGGAGUCAUUGUAGCAAUUGUGGUGGCGGUUUGUGCGGCGGUGCUGGUGGCGGUGUCUUUCGCCGUGGCUCACUGUUGCGCCAGGGGAGGGAGCUCCGGGUCGGUGGUGGGGAGUGAGAGCGGGAAGAGGAAGAGCGGGAGUAGCUACGGAAGCGAGAAGAAGGUGUAUGGUAAUGGCCAUGGCGGUGUUGUGGAUAGUGAUGGGAGUAAUACUGAAACUGAACGAAGCAAGCUUGUGUUUUUCGAUAAGAGGAAGCAGUUUGAGUUGGAGGAUUUGCUUCGAGCUUCGGCGGAGAUGUUGGGGAAAGGGAGUUUGGGGACGGUUUAUAGGGCGGUUCUUGAUGAUGGGUGCACCGUUGCGGUGAAGAGGCUAAAGGAUGCGAACCCGUGUGAGAGGAACGAGUUUGAACAGUAUAUGGAUGUUGUUGGGAAGCUUAAGCACCCCAAUAUUGUUAGACUCAGAGCUUAUUACUAUGCUAAGGAAGAAAAGCUUCUUGUUUAUGAUUAUCUCCCCAAUGGAAGCUUGCAUGCUCUUCUUCAUGGGAACCGUGGUCCAGGCAGGAUUCCAUUGGACUGGACGACAAGAAUAAGCUUGGUGUUAGGAGCAGGAAGAGGGCUAGCACGAAUUCAUGCAGAGUACAACGCAUCCAAAAUACCUCACGGCAACGUCAAAUCUUCCAACGUGCUUCUUGACAAAAACGGGGUAGCUUGCAUCUCAGACUUCGGUUUGUCACUGCUUCUCAACCCCGUUCACGCCAUUGCAAGGUUGGGUGGCUACAAAGCUCCCGAACAAACAGAGUCCAAGAGGCUGUCUCAGGAAGCUGACGUUUACAGUUUUGGAGUGUUACUGUUGGAAGUUCUCACGGGAAGAGCUCCUUCUCCAACACGUAGUGCUCCUCCUCGUCUGGAGUCAGAGGAGCAAGAGGUGGAUCUUCCCAAGUGGGUUCGCUCUGUCGUGAAGGAAGAGUGGACUUCCGAGGUGUUUGAUGAGGAACUGUUGAGGUAUAAGAACAUCGAAGAAGAGAUGGUGUCCAUGCUGCACGUGGGCCUUGCUUGCGUUCUGCCACAGCCUGAGAAGAGACCAACCAUGUUGGACGUUGUUAAGAUGAUUGAGGAUAUAAGGGUGGAACAAUCUCCUCUUGGAGAGGAUUAUGAUGAAUCUCGCAAUUCACUUUCACCUUCCCUUGCCACCACCGAAGAAUGAUUCUGUGUGAUUCUCGUCGUCUAUAGUUCCAUUCGUGCAUU